AAGAAAUGGAGAGACACGGACCCCACCGAAAUGAGAAAAUUCCUCGGCCUCCUCAUGUACAUGGGCCUCGUGAAAUAUCCGAAUAUAACCGAUUAUUGGCGCAAGGAUUGCUUGUAUCGGAAUGAACUCGUUGCCUCAGCAAUGAGCCGCAAUAGAUUCCAAUUGCUCCUCCGGUUCAUCCAUUUCUCCGACAAUGAAGAGGCUGACAUCGCUGAUCGAUCUAACAAAUUCAUCAAGAUUCUGACUCUAUUACAAGAUAAAUUCUGUGAAGCGAUCAACCCGGGCGAGAAGCUGACAAUCGAUGAAACCAUGAUCCCCUUCAGAGGUCGUCUGUCCUUCUUGCAAUACAUGCCCGGUAAAAGCCACAAGUACGGGGUAAAAGUGUUCAAGCUCUGCAACCCGGAUGGCUAUACCUUUCGGAUGAGAGUCUACACAGGCAAAAGCGAUGGCAUUUCGAAGAGCCUCCCGUCUGGAAUCGUUCAAGAACUUGCGGAGCCAUAUCUCGAUGCCGGACGGACCUUGACAGCGGAUAAUUACUUCACCUCCGUGCCUCUCGCGAAGAACCUCCUACGGAGGAAAACACAUUUCUUGGGAACUCUGCGCAGCAACAGAAAGCAUCUGCCCAAAAGCGUUGUCAACUCACGCUUAGCUCGAGAUCAAGUUGUUGGGAAAAUGUCAAACGAGGGUAUCGUUGUGGGGAAAUGGAGAGAUAAACGAGACGUGUAUUUCCUGACAACUAAGCAUGAUCUACGAAUGGUGACGUUGGGUCGGUCACGGCGAGACGGCGUCGAAAGGGCCAAACCAGCGGCGAUACUAGAGUAUAACAAGACCAAACAGGGGGUGGAUAAGUCAGAUCAGAUGGCUAGCUACCAAUCUCCGCUUAGAAAGAGCAUCCGAUGGUACCACAAGGUUGUUUUCGAGAUCCUGCUCAACACGGCUGCUGUCAACUCGAGAAUCAUCUUCAAUGAGCUCACGGGGAACAAUAUAACGAUGAAAAACUUCCGAGAAAUGAUCGUGCAGGAUUUUCUCGGGUUCCAAGACCGUGCCCCGACGCCCCUGAUGCCACGUCGAGAUGAACGUCACGAGCUCAUCCGAAGCGAGGGCUCGGACAGAAGGAACCGGAAGAAAAGAGGCAGAUGCCAAAACUGCUACGCCAAGAUCGCGGCUUCCCAGGGUAGAAAAGCUGCUCAAGGCCUCAAAAGAGUGAAUACAAUGUGUGGAGAAUGCGAGAAAUGGCUGUGCGUUCCUUGUUUCGUCAAAUCGCAUUGA